AAUGGAGGAUCUCAAGUUCACAUUUUUUGGGGUGCUCCAGUUAGUCCUCUGAAAAUGACAGUAUCACAGGACACAACUUCUGUAAUGGCCACUGCUGGCCCCUGGAAAGAAAUUCAGCUUUUGUACAGUCACCAUUCUUUACAUCUGAAGGAUGAAAAACAUGAGCACAAAAAUCUUGAAAACUAUCAAGUCCCAGAUACUGGCCCUCCAGAUGUUCUUAGUGGCCAUUUGUUAGCGAACUCUCCGAAUAGAUCUGUUCAUGUGAAAGAUGAUGUUAUACAUCCUGUUUCUAAUACAGAAAAUAUAAAAUCCCAGAAGAUUCACCCUUUAGGACUGAGUGAUACAACUAAUUCUAGUGUGCAUACAUGUGGAUUUAAAGUCAGAGUUCAGCAUUUUACCAAAGAAGAAAAGCAUCAGAAGUUUCUCAGUGAAAAUAAGAAAGUCACAGAUAAACAACCUAAAGAGCUGGCAAAUUUACCUGGUCAGAAUUUUCAAACAGAUUCCUCUCAAUUAGAUCACAAGUGUGCCGCUAUAUUGGAUUUGGUUUGCAGUACUGAACAAAUUAACAUAGGGCCUGAAACAGUACAAACAAAAUGUGUGAAAACAGAACAUCAUGAAAUACAAAACCAGCAUCCUGAAUUCUUUUCCUGUAACACUGUAGAUAAGCCAAGCUCUGAAGGAGCAAUUAGGCAUAUCUCAAACCUUAACAUAUCUGCUGAUACUGAAUUUCUCAGUAUAAUGACUUCUAGCCAGUUGGCUUUUUUAGCUCAAAGGAAGGAUAAAGGGCAGAAUUCUAUAAAUAAAGGGAGCGUCAGCAGGGUGGUUGAACCAAAGGCAUGUCAUGGGGAAAGUGAAAUAACUGAAGAUAAUUUGAUUCAGCCUAGUGAUGCAGGAAGAUAUGAAAAUGGACAAACCCAAGCUUAUUCCCUUGAACUUUUUAGUCCUGUUUGUUCUGAAACAAAAACUAGCCAUAUUCACAUAAACUCUAAUAAAGGUCUUAAAGAAAAUAUAGGCUCUCAAGAACUUUUCAGUUCUGAAGAUGAACUGCCACCAAAUGAGAUAUGUAUUGAGUUGUAUAGCUCAGGAAUUUUAUGUUCCCAACUAAGUACCUUCCACAAAAGUGCUGCUAAAAGAAGUCAGACCUCUGGAGAUAAAUUGGGUGAUUCUAAAGCUCUAUCUGAAGUCCUCCAAGUGUCUAAGAAAAUAAAGUUGAUUUCUGAUGCAAGAGAUUCUGCUGUAGCCAUGGACCAAAGGAAUGUGUCUGGAUAUAAGAAUAUUAAAAAAACAUCAUUAAUAGAAAAUUGCAAUUCCAAAAGUCAGAAGUAUAAUUGUUUAGCCAUGGUGCUAUCUCCAUGUCAUGUGAAAGAAAUAAACAUCAAAUCUGGACCACAAUGUGGCUCUAAAGUACCGUUAGCAACAAUUACAGUAAUUGAUCAAUCAGAAGUUAAGAAGAAGGUUUUUCUGUGGAGGGCUGCAGCAUUUUGGGCACUUACAGUGUUUCUUGGAGAUAUAAUUUUACUCACAGUUGAUGAAACUGAGGACUCAAGAAGAAAUGUCACACAUUUAGGAAGUGGCAAAGAUGUUGUUAUUCGUGAGGAUCAAUGGGUUGGUGAGACAGUUCUACAGUCAACAUUUACCAGUCAGUUAUUAAAUCUUGGAAGUUACUCAUCUGUUCAGCCAGAAGAAUAUUCCAAUAUAGUUAGUAAUUUUGUACUUCAAGACUUACUGGCAUAUGUGUCUUCAAAACACUCUUAUCUCAGAGACCUUCCUCGAAGACAGCCUCAGAGAAUGAACAGCAUAGAAUUUGUAGAACUGGAGCAGCUUCAGCCUGAUAUAUUAGUCCAUGCGCUACUAAAAGUUGUUGAUAUCACAGUACUGACAGAGGCAUUAUACAGCUUUAGAGGACAAAAGCAAAGGAAAGUUAUCUUAACAGUGGAACAGGCCCAAGGUCAACAUUAUGUACUUAUAUUAUGGGGUCCUGGAGCUUCCUGGUACCCUCAACUUCAAAGGAAAAAAGAUUAUAUCUGGGAAUUUAAAUAUCUUUUUGUUCAGCGCAAUUGCCUACUAGAAAACCUAGAAUUGCAUACAACACCAUGGUCAUCCUGUGAGUGCUUGUUUGACGAUGAUAUAAGGGCAAUUACAUUUAAAGCAAAAUUUCAAAAAACAGCACCCUCCUCUGUGAAGAUGUCAAACUUAGCAACCCACCUACAGGAGAAGUGUUCAGGAGUGGUUCUAAUUAAAGCCCAGAUUUCAGAGCUGGCAUUUCCUAUUCUAGCAGCUCAGAAGAUAGUUCUAAAUGCUCACAGUUCUCUGAAGACUAUUUUCUCUUCUCUUCCCAACAUUCUGUAUACUGGCUGUGCAAAAUGUGGAUUGGAACUAGAAACAGAUGAGAACAGGAUCUUCAAACAAUGUUUCAGCUGCUUGCCACUUACUAUGAAGAGACAAUACUAUAGGCCAGCUUUAAUGACCAUAGUUGAUGGCGGACACGAUGUUUGCAUUCGUGUAGGAUCAACACUGAUAGAGAAGAUUCUUCUCCAUAUUUCUCCAGACUGCCUCAACAGAGUGAUAGUGCCCUCCUCAGAUGUCACCUAUGGGAUGGUUGCAGCAGACCUGUUCCACUCCUUGUUCGCAGCUGGCGCAGAACCUUGGCUACUGAAGAUUCAGAGCCUUUUCAUGUUAGAUGAAAACAGCUACCCGUUACAGCAAGACUUUUCUCUAUUGGAUUUUUAUCCUGAUAUAAUAAAGCAGGGAGCCUACGCCCUUCUCUGAGGCCAGAUGAAGACAUUGCAGGAAUAUCAAGGACGAAGCAAUGAAAUGAUUUGUCUUUUGAAAUAAAUGAAUGACAGAGCUUUUGCUUUGGGUUUGUAAAUAAAUGUAUUUUACAAAGAGAAUUGUGCUAAAUAUAUAAAUUAAGCCUUUUUUC